AUGGCAAAGUCAAAGAAUCAUACCAAUCAUAACCAGAACCGCAAAGCACAUCGCAAUGGUAUCUACAGACCCAAGAAACAUAGGUUUCCCCCUAUGACAGGUGUUGACCGUAAAUAUCUGCGUAACUUGCGGUUUGCUAAAAAACACAACAAAGUUGUCCCAAAAGGAAUCAAACGUUUGGUGAAGCAGGCUCAGCUGGCUCAACGAGCAGCCGUUCUGGCCAAACAGAAAUUGGAGUUUAUUACCAAAACCACUGUUGUUCCACCUUUUAAAUCUGCCAAACGCAAAGCCAAAGGCAAGGCUCCUGGUAAAACGCCUAUCCCCCCUAAGGCAGUCGGUGCCAAAGCUAUCAAAAGACCUGCCACUGAUGUAAAGAAAUCUGCACCCCCAGCAAAGAAAGCUGCCAUUUCAAAGACCCCAACUCCAAAGCCUGAUACUAAAAAGCCUGAUACUAAAAAGCCCGUUAUUAAAAAGCCUGAUGCUAAAAAAUCCGAUACUAAAAAAUCCGAUACUAAAAAGCCUGAAGUAAAGAAACAAAUUGUAGGUAAGAAAGGUGAAACAAAGCCUGGAGACAUUAAGAAAAAAGUUCAGCGUGGUUCAAAGAAGUCACGAUUUACAACUAAGCUGAGUAAAAUUGAAAUUAAGAAAGCAAGAAGGAAGAUUGCAGUUGCAGUAAACAGGGCUGAAAUUGCAGCCAAAAUUGCUAAAAUUGCAACCAAAAAGGCUGAGGCCACGGGUUGGAAGCUUAGCACUAAGGACAAGAAGUCUAAGCCUGCAGGCAAGAAAGGAAAGAAAUCUGGCACUACAGGGAAGAAAUCUGGCACUACAGGGAAGAAGUCUGGCACUACAGGAAAGAAGUCUGACGUCACUGGAAAGAAGGCUGAUGCUGCAGCUAAGAAGCCUAAAGUUGCAGAAAAGAAGGUUGAUGCCACAGGUAAGAAGGCUGCUGCCACAGGAAAGAAGCCUGACCCUGCAGCCAAAAAGGCUGAUACUACAGCAAAGAAGCCUGAUGUCACUGGAAAGAAGACUGCCACUGCAGGGAAGAAAGUAGAAGCUGCUGCUAAGAAGCCAGAAGCUGUAGCCAAGAAGGCUGAUUCUGCUGCCAAGAAGGCAGAGCCUGCAACCAAGAAGGCUGCUGCUGCUCCUGCCAAGAAGGCAGAACCUGCAGCCAAGAAGGCAGAACCUGCAGCUAAAAAGGCUGCUGCUCCUGCCAAGGCUGCUGCUCCUGCCAAGGCUGCCGCACCAGCUGCAAAGAAACCAGCUACAAAUUACCAGUGUAUUCAUAUCUUUCUUUUUUUCUUUCUACCACAAUUAUUUCACUCUUUAGCUAUAAAUCCCUAUCUAUCUAUCUAUCUAUCUAUCUAUCUAUCUAUCUAUCUAUCUAUCUUUAAAUGGUUAUAUUAA